AUGAACCACAACGCGUUCCCGGUCUGGAAAGUGACAACAGCCGAGCAGACGACUAGGGUUGGCACCAGCGCCAGCCAAAACAAUGGUGGAGGAAGCAUUUCAACACUAAAAUAUGUUACAAAGGCGCGACCAAACGUGAAGAUUAUAACCAUCCCCGGCCAAGGUGCGGUGGCCAACAACGAUGGUACGCUGCAGUACGGCACGGCGAUCGAUAAUUCAAAUCUGACUGUGACAAAAAGCCACCAACCGCAGCAGCAGCAGCAACAACCGGUUCACCGAACGACGGUCAACCAGGGAACUAUGUUGAAUGAUUCUAUUCUACUACAAACACCUGACGGCCGGGAGUAUCUCGUGGACGAACGAUCGAUACAGAACAUUGAUCAAAUUCCACCGGAAAAUUUAAUCUACAUGACAUCUUCCGAUGUUAUGCCGCCAUCGGUGGUGGAUACUAACAAAAUAAACCAUCUCCCGACCAAUGCCUUGCAGUCAACGGAACAAAGUCAUCUUGAACUGGAUGGGUAUGUUGAUUCCGGGCCAGUAUCGGAAACCGUGGAACAAACACCGCAACUCCAGGCCGACUACGCGGAAGAGUGUCAAGUGACAGAGGAAGUUAUUACGGACGAUUGGGUACAAGCGCAAGGCGAAGAAUGUGUGCAGGUGACAGUCGAUCAGCUUGGUUUGAAUACGAUCGCGGUCGAGGAUGAGAUUCCGGUUCCACUCGACCAGGACCAGUACACACUGUCCCGCCCGUAUCCGUGCGAUUUCUGCAGCCGGAGAUUUCGCAAGAAGGCUAGCCUGCAGAACCACCUGAUGGCACACUCGAACGAUCGGCCGCAUGUGUGUAAUCUGUGCGGUGCUCAGUACGGUCGACGGACGGACCUCAUCAAUCAUCUCAAGCAGCACGCGUACGCCGUGAACGAACAGGAUGAUUUAUCUCUCCGUGGUGAUCAGGAUUUAGAUUAUGAUUUACCGGAACUUGCAGUCGGUCACAUUAAACAUCGCCCAAGGCAUUCGAGUGAGGAUGAAGAUCUGUACAUACAGGACCCGAUGGUGAGCUACAAUUUGCAACCACCUAGGCAGUUGAUUUCGACCACGAAUUAUGGUGUUUCUUCGGCGAAUUCCUACGAGCAUGAAGACCCCAUGGAUCGCACAUCCUUCGGCAACGGCCCAACGGGGGUCGAUCACCAAUCUAUUAUCGAUGUGGAUUAUUCAAGCUCAUCUUUUUCUGCAGCUGGGACAGGGAAGAGAAUGACAGGAAAGCGACAAACUGUUUCUUCCGAUUUGCGAACGGCACGAACAAAACCAGCACUGUCGGCCAAAAUCCAAACAACUCAGGUGCGAUCGACUGGAGCAUCACGGACUAGCAUGCCCGCCAAUCGUCAUAUUAAAAAAGAACCAAUCGAAAAUUCACAAGAUACCACAACUGAAUCGGUUGGUACAGUGUUUCCAAUAGUCGAUGAACGCAAACCGUUCGUAUGUCAACAGUGCGGUAUAUCGUUCGGAAGAGAAAAAGCGUUGAUGGCCCAUUCUCGCACCCAUACAAACAAGCCGAGCCACAAGUGCGAUUAUUGUUUUGCGCAAUUCUAUGCUUGGCCGCAGCUACAACUUCACGUAAGCCGGGUGCAUCAGCAAAUCAAUACAACCAGCGAAACCGUGAUCAAUGAAAGCAAAUUCGAAUGGGUGCCGAAUCAUGAAGCGUAUGACUCGGGCGGAACAUCGGUGGACACCGGGAAUCGCUAUAAUUGUGAUAAAUGCAAUGCUGUUUUCUACCAACUGGAACACAUACUAAAUCAUACGCAGCAAAAGCACGGUAUGGCUACCAGCUCCACUGUUAAUGCAUUGCCUCAUAAUGUGGCCGUCAAACAAGAAUUGGUGCAAACAUCCUCGAAAAACGUCGCUUACGGUGAUGAUCUCGACGAGGACGUUUCGGAUCAGGAAAUAGAAGAAGAAGACUUCGGCGAUCUUGACUACUCGAUCGAGCACUACGAGAAUCGCUCUAGUGAUCCCGAAACGCACACCCAGCCAACCGCGCUGUCGUGUCGAGAGUGUGGAGAAACGUUCGAGAGCGGAAUGGAAUUGUUGGAACACUCCGAAUCACACACCACUCGCUACGAACCACACGAGUGUCAGCUGUGUGGCGAAAGAUUCCUCGACGAAGCCACCAUUAAGCAGCACGUACAGGAGCGCCAUCGGAGCGAACUGACCGCAACGUCGUGUGCCAUCUGCGGCAAGCGGUGCAAAAGUCAAACGACGCUGAUGAAGCACGCGUGGGAUCAUUCACGGGAACGGACCCAUUCCUGUUCGCAGUGUGGCAAAACGUUCCAUCACAUGACACGACUCAAGCGCCAUAUGGAAUCGCACCGGAACAAGACGGUCCGGUGCGAAGUGUGCAACCAAGAGUUCCCCGACGGUCGUACGCUCAUGAACCAUCGUCAUUCGCACACAAAAUCGAACGAAUAUCCGUGCCAUGAGUGUGGUAAAACGUUUGGUUCUCGAUCGUCGCAGCAAAUUCAUAUGCGCAUCCAUACCGGUGAACGGCCGUACGCUUGUCGGUUUUGCUGGAAAGCCUUUGCCGAUGGUGGCACAUUGCGGAAGCAUGAAAGGAUACAUACCGGGGAAAAACCUUACGCCUGUCCCGUCUGUCCGAAGGCGUUCAAUCAGCGGGUGGUUUUGCGAGAACACAUCCGUGCGCAUCAUUCACAAGAGGACGCAAAGCGUGGUUCACCGGAUCAGCCGUUCUAUUGCACUGUGUGUAGUUCUCCAUUUUCUACCACGGAUGAUCUGGUACAGCAUCUAAUUAAACACAGCGACAUGAACACGGCAAUGAAGCGUGAACCACCAACAUUUCCGAGGAAGUACAAACGACGGCGGAAGUUGAAACCGCACGAGCUGGAACGGUUGCAGAGUGGCCGACGUAAGCAAAAGAAUAAGUCCCAAGAAGACGCUGAAGACGAGGGGAAUGAAACUGGGUUCGAAGAGAGCAGCGGCACUACGGAGACUGCCAGGCAGCAGCGUCACGAACCCAAACCCUCAAUAGUUUUGCCCCUUCCGGAUGGUACACACAAGACUAAACGGGAACCUAAUCUCGAGUACGGUGGCCGUCGGGUUCUGGGAGGAUCGAGUGUUUCGAAACCAUCCCAUUCAUCGCACGAUAUGUUGGACGAAAAUGGUAUUAACCUGUUAAGCAAUAUCGUGUUGCUUCAUGGACAGCAAGACGAACCUUCAAAUUCCACCCAUGAUAAACCGCCCCAAGCAAAGUCAAAGCAAAAGGCUGGACCAAGCAGUUGUCGCACAAACGCGUCAAGGGCGAAAGUAGUUUCGGCUAGAAAAAAGACAUCUCGCAAGCGUACGAUUUCAUACACCAGUAAAGAUUCUCCUGAUGCAGCGGGCAAGAUGAAGGAUUGUGAGGAUCACUCCUCACCACACAGUACCGGCAGCACGAUCACGAACGUAAUGGAAGCAUUUUUCCGUAGUCGAAAGAGUAAUUCGCUGCUGCCUGAGAUACCCUCGCACCGGAUCUCUUCCGUAAGCUUUCCCUUGCUGGACGAUGGGAACACAGACGAUCCGAUGGAUGAGCCAAUGGUGGAUGAUGGAUGCAGACGUGGCUACGGCCAACCUCGCAAAAGUACUGUCUCAUUUAGCGCUUCGGAAGAUGACUUUAACCAUCAGCUGUUGAUGGAAAUAUCGCACAAGAAUAAGUACACGGAUCGGUUUAACAGUGACACCGUGCACGAUCUGGAAGAAAUUCUACGAUCACCGCUAAAGAGUGCUCCAUCCAGGAACGUGUUGUCUACCCCCUCAACUAGACGUACCAACAACAACGGGCAGCCACAACAAGGUGGGAAAGAAUUCAACCAACGGAAGCAAAAAGCAGUGUCGAAAGGAAAAUCUAAGGCGAAAAACAAAAAGGCUGCUUCGGGCCGACAGCCGCAGCAAAAACCGGUCGAGCAGAAGGUUAAGAAAGUGAUCCAAGAAACACCACCAGCAGUGUUGCGUAGCCAGCGACUUACACGCCGUCAACUAGAACGUGAGGUCAACUUCCUGAAGCAGGCCUACGAAGCGAGUGCAACGGGAACGGAACCAAGCAACGAAAAUGACACCACAUCGGGAACGGUUGUGAAAUUGGAAGCGACGGAUUCGGUUAACGCUGUGAGUGAUACACCGGGUAAUUCCGAGCGGUUGGCUGCAAUGUUGCUGAACGAUGGUUUGCCACCGGAUGCCACGCACAACAGUAAUAGUAGUGGUGAUAGCAGUUGCCAUGAGGACAUUUUCCAUCACCAGGAUAACUUUACCUCUACCAAAGCGUAUACAGAAUCAUUGCAUAUGGUGGAAUUAGCAGGUGUAGAAAAGCAAGAGGACAGAGCAAUGAUGGACGAAGAAAACGAUCCGGAUGAUGGUUGUGUGUACGCGGACAGAACCACCACUACCUCACAAGACACUGACACCGGCAGAUCCGAUUAUCGAUGUUCGAUCUGUGCGGCCCGCUUUGAUGAUCGAGCACAGCUCAUCCUACACGUUCCGGUACAUAUUUAA